AUGCGCGUGUGGGAUGGGCUCGGCGGCCUUGCUUGGCUCGCACGGGGUUUCGGGGCUGAACUUCAGCGAUUGGGGGACGACAGACGGGGGCCAGGGAUCUCUCAGUUGUUGAGGGAACGCCGGUUUUGUUUUGUGGAACCAGAUGGUAGUAUAGGGGGAAUGCUGUUAUGUUGGGACAUGCAGGUGAUGGUGUUGCAAGUGAGAGAGACUUCCUUCUCCAUACAAAUUCAAUUCAAACUCAAAAUGAAGGAGGACCCCUGUUGGCUGACUUUUGUAUACUUAAGCACUGAACUACCAAAAAGAAUGGAGCAAUGGCAGUGUUUAAUUACUGAUAAGGAGGGUUGGGGAGAAGAAUGGUGCAUUAUUGGUGAUUGGAAUGACCUUCAUUUGCAGGAGAAUAAAUCAGGUGGCAGACCAAGAUCAUUAAGAAGUCUGGUGCCAUUUCAGACUUUCAUAUCAGAUAUGGGCAUGACUGAACUCAGUAUGAAGGGGCACAAGUAUACUUGGUGCAAUAACAGAGAAAAUGAAGGCAUAGUGGAGGAGAAAUUGGAUAAUGCCUUUGGCUCCAUGGGAUGGAUGAUCAGAUACCCACUCUCUCAGUUCACCAACAUAUAUAGAAGUGCCUCUGAUCAUGGUAUGCUGCUCCUUAAAGCUAAAGAGAACACAGUGAAGAGCAACAUGAGAUUUACAUUUGAUAAAAGAUGGGCUACCAGAGAAGGAGUGAGGGAUAUAGUCAGCAAGGCAUGGGCACAAUCUCAUUUGGGAACCCCUUUCUUCAAGCUGAAAGAACAAGUGAAAGUCACAAGAGUAGCUUUAUCUAAAUGGAGCCAAACUUUUGGCACAAACAACAAGAGAAAGAUCAAACAGCUAACUCUGAAACUAGAAGAAAUGAGAAGCAUAGGGGAAGGGAAAAAUUGGGAGGAGUAG